AUGAAGAUAAUUCUUGUCCAUUGUGCAGUCUUCAUUCUCGCUCGUAUUCCUGGCUCCGUUGGUCUGUCUGUUGAUUCCUGUCCCCUCCCCCCGCCAUGUGAGUGUGACAGAGAGGAUCCUAUCGUGUACUGUCGUGACAAAAACCUGACUUCUGUUCCUAACGUCACGAAAGCUGACGGUUUGUGGGCCUUUUAUCUGGGUGCAAAUAAGAUCACACAUAUUCCUUCCAGAAGUUUUGUUGGAGUGACGCUUCAGAUGUUGAUUCUUGACAGUAAUGAAAUCGACAGCAUUGAUGAUGACGCAUUCGCCGGAAGUGAGGAUAGUCUGAUAGUUCUUCAUCUACAUUAUAAUAGAUUGAAGGAAUUACCGACGGCUGUCGGUAGUCUGAAGAAACUCAUGGGUAUAAAUUUACAGGGAAAUCCAAUGGCCGAUUUAAAGGAUGGAGUACUGCAGAAGGUGGCGUCUUCUUUACAAUUUAUAAGUCUGGGAUCUGAUGCAAUGCAGAAAUGGCCCGACAAUAUGAAAUACCUACCAAACUUAAUUUCAAUAGACCUUUAUGAUGUGACUUUUUCUACAAUUCCCGAGACUUCUUUCCAAAUGUAUAAGAAGACUAUGUCAUUUCUGAGCUUUUAUAAUACAAGUUUGACAACUCUGCCAUCUUUUGCCGGCCUAGACUCUUUAGGUGAUUUGCUUUUUCAAGGUAACAAAAACCUCUCUGCAAAUGCCAUUUCAAACUGUGCGAAAAGUGGACUGCCAAAUUUAAUGCAUGUAACUUUUGAAGACAACAACCUUGAAACAAUUCCGAAUAUCUUUAUGAAAUCCUCAAAGCUCGGUGCUUUGUCAGUUUUCUCGGAACCAAUCGAGUACAUACGUGAUGACGUCUUUCCACCAAAUAUAUUCUCAAAUUUCAUGUACCUUUUUUUAAACGACACGAAACUUUCAAUCGUCCCAUCUAGUGUUUCCUCUCUAAGAAGCAUUGUCCGGCUUCAGAUUACAAAUAGCAAAAUCACAGAAAUAUACGACUCCGAUUUUGGAGGCAUGACAAAGCUAACUACGUUAUACCUGUCUGGGAAUCCAAUAACCCGGGUAUCCAAAGAUGCUUUCAUGACCAUUAACCAACUCGCAGAUGUUCGAAUGGACAACACGAAUUUAACUACCAUCCCUACCGCCAUCAUGAACAUUAAAGCACUUCAAGAUAUUGAUCUCUCUGGCUCGCCUGUGGAGUGCAGCUGUGAGGGACUGGGAUGGAUCAAGCAUUGGAAAACUAAGCCUGAAAAUCUAGAAAUAUUUGGUGAUUGUGUAAAUUUAAAAUCAAGUUUGAUGACAUAUAUUGACAAAGAGGUACCAAAAUGUUCAAAUUAAAAGACCAGAUAAAAACUGGCUGCAGAACUGUAGCGUUAUGGUUUUA